AUGGGGAUUUCUGGGCUCUUGCCCAUUGUGGCUCCUAAACUAGUGAAAAGACAUAUAUCAAGCUACAAGCACCAGAGGAUAGGGAUUGACGGGCAUGCAUGGCUGUAUCAAAUUCUCUCCUUUGUGUCUGAGGAGAUAUUUUUCAAGGUUCCUACAAAGAAGCACAUAGCCAUGUUUGAAGAGAAAGUGAGGGUGCUAGAAAAUUAUGGCAUCACGCCUGUUGUUGUCUUGGACGGAGACACACUCCCAAGCAAAGAGGAGACAAACAGAAAGAGGCAAGUCAAGAAGGAAAGGAAUAGAAAGGAGGCCGAGCAUUGGCUAAUGAAGAACGACCCAGAAAAGGCCAAGGGAUUUAUGCGGCAAUGUAUAACUGUCACAAGGGAGAUUGUGUCUGACAUUGUGAAGAUGCUGGAAAGAAUAAACGUCGAGUAUAUUAUCUCGCCCUAUGAAUCCGAUGCUCAGCUUUGCUAUCUCCAGAGAAUAGGCUACAUAGACUGCAUCCUUACAGAAGACAGCGAUCUCAUUCCAUAUGGAUCUAAUAGAAUACUCUACAAAUUUGACUGCACAUUUGUACAAGAGUUUACCAGAGACUGCCUUACGGAGGCAAGGGGCAAGGAUUUCGAAGAGAACAUUCUUGAUAUCUCCAUAUUGAGCGGAUGUGAUUAUUUGGCUUCUAUACAGGGCAUUGGGGUUGUGACUGCUCAUAAGCUCCUCUCCAGAGAGAAGACUGUUGAGGGGGUGAUUGAGUAUCUACGGCAUAGAAAACCCGUCCCGAGCGGCUACUUAGAUGACUUCCUUAAGGCAAAAAAGACAUUUCUGCACCAGGUUGUGUAUGAUCCCAUACAACAGAAGAGAAGAUAUCUCCGGGACCUAAGAGAGAAGCUGGACUUUCUGGGCACACUAAAGGAGGAGGAAUAUAGAAUUGAAGACGGGCCCUUGGAGUCAUUCUUCAAAGCACCAAGGAAGAUAAGAGCAAUCAAAAGACACUUCAUACCGGCCAUAAAGAAAAGAAGAUCUGAAGCAUCUGAAAUUAAGAGAGGAAAAAAAGAAAGGCAUGAGGCGAAAGUGGACAUUCAUAUACACUCUCCAUACUUUAACUAA